GCCCUUCGCCGUCCAGGAACCAAACCCCGCGCCCGGCACCCCGCCCACCCCGCGCAUGCUCCCUCCCACCAGAGCCCGGAGCCCAAUCCCCGGGCAUCCCAGGCGCAGGACCACAACCCCCUUCUGCCCCUCUCCACAGGCGUGCGUCGCGCUGUGUUUGCGUCAUCGCGCCGCGCCACGCCACCACUAGAGCCCGGGGGAAGAUGGCCGCAGCUGUGCUCAGUGGGCCCUCUGCGGGCUCCGCGGCUGCGGUUCCCGGCGGGGCCGGGGGCCUUUCGGCGGUGGGCUCGGGCCCGCGCCUCCGUAUGCUGCUGCUGGAGAGCGUGUCCGGGCUGCUGCAGCCGCGAGCGGGGUCCACCAUUCCUCCCGUGCAUCCCCCGGUCCGUUCGGCCCCACACUUGCCCGGGCUCAUGUGCCUAUUGCGGCUGCAUGGGACGGUGGGCGGGGCCCAGAACCUUUCGGCUGUUGGGGCGUUGGUGGGUCUCAGUAAUGCACGUCUCAGUUCUAUCAAAACUCGGUUUGAGGGCCUCUGUCUGCUGUCUUUGCUGGUUGGGGAGAGCUCUACAGAGAUGUUCCAGCAGCACUGUGUCUCUUGGCUUCGGAGCAUCCAGCAGGUCUUGCAGUCCCAGGACCCACCCGCCACGAUGGAUUUGGCUGUGGUUGUUCUGAGGGACCUGCUCCGAUAUGCAGCCCAGCUUCCUACAGUCUUCCGGGACAUCUCCAUGAACCACCUCCCUGGCCUUCUCACUUCCCUGCUGGGCCUCAGACCAGAGUGUGAGCUCUCAGCACUGGAGGGAAUGAAGGCAUGUAUGACCUAUUUUCCUCGGGCUUGUGGGUCUCUCAAAGGCAAGCUGGCCUCAUUCUUCCUGUCUCGGGUGGAUUCCUUGAGCCCUCAGCUGCAGCAGUUGGCGUGCGAGUGUUAUUCCCGGCUGCCCUCUCUUGGGGCUGGCUUUUCCCAGGGCUUGAAGCACACUGAGAGCUGGGAGCAGGAGCUACACACCCUGCUGGCCUCAUUGCACAGUCUGCUGGGGGCUCUCUACGAGGGAGCAGAACCAGCUCCUGUGCAGUAUGAAGGCCCUGGGGUGGAGAUGCUGUUUUCCCUCGAAGAUGCUGAUGCGCAUAACCUUUUCCGGCUUCGGCAAAGGUUUUCCGGUCUGGCCUGCUGCCUGGGGCUCAUGCUCAGCUCUGAGUUUGUGGCUCCCGUGUCCAUCCCUGUGCAGGAAAUCCUGGAUUUCAUCUGCCGGACCCUCAGCAUCAGUGCCAAGAAUAUUAGCUUGCUUGGAGAUGGUCCCCUGCGGCUGUUGCUGCUGCCUUCUAUCCACCUGGAAGCCUUGGACCUGCUCUCUGCGCUCAUCCUUGCGUGUGGAGGUCGGCUUCUGCGCUUUGGAGCCCUGAUCAGCCGCCUGCUUCCCCAGGUCCUCAAUGCCUGGAGCAUUGGUAGGGAUACUGUCUCUCUGGGCCAGGAGAAGCCUUACAGUGCCAUGCGGACCAAGGUGUAUGCUGUGUUAGAGCUGUGGGUGCAGGUGUGUGGUGCCUCGGCAGGAGUGCUUCAGGCAGGAGCCUCAGGAGAGGCCCUGCUCACCCACCUGCUCAGUGACAUCUCCCCGCCAGCCGAGGCCCUGAAGCUGCGCAGUCCCCGGGGGAGCCCUGAUGGCGGUUUGCAGACGGGGAAGCCCAGUGCCCCCAAGAAGCUAAAGCUGGACAUGGGGGAGGCUGCGACCCCUCCCAGCCACCGCAAAGGGGAUAGCAAUGCCAACAGCGAUGUGUGUGCAGCUGCGCUGAGAGGCCUCAGCCGGACCAUCCUCAUGUGCGGGCCACUUAUCAAGGAGGAGACUCACAGGAGGCUGCACGAUCUGGUCCUACCCCUCGUCAUGGGUGUCCAGCAGGGCGAGGUCCUAGGCAGCUCCCCAUAUACCAGCUCCCGCUGCCGCCGGGAACUGUACCGUCUGCUGCUGGCUCUGCUGCUGGCGCCUUCUCCUCGCUGCCCACCUCCUCUCGCCUGUGCCCUGCAAGCCUUCUCCCUGGGCCAGAGGGAAGACAACCUUGAGGUCUCUUCUUUCUGCUCGGAAGCACUGGUGACCUGCGCUGCUUUGACCCAUCCCCGGGUUCCUCCUCUGCAGUCCAUGGGCCCCACCUGCCCCACACCUGCUCCAGUUCCUCCUCCUGAGGCCCCGUCUCCGUUCAGGGCCCCACCCUUUCAUCCCCCGGGCCCCAUGCCCUCAGCAGGCACCAUGCCCUCAGCUGGCCCUGUGCCCUCGGUGGGUCCCCUGCCCUCAGCAGGCCCCGUGCCCCCGGCAGGCCCAGUGCCUCCAGCACGUCCUGGUCCUCCAGCCACAGCCAACCACUUAGGCCUCUCUGUCCCAGGCCUGGUGUCUGUACCCCCCCGGCUCCUUCCCGGCCCUGAGAACCACCGGGCAGGCUCAAACGAGGACCCCAUCCUGGCUUCCAGUGGCACUCCCCCACCUGUGAUACCCCCAGAUGAAACUUUUGGGGGGAGAGUGCCCAGGCCAGCCUUUGUCCACUAUGAUAAGGAGGAGGCGUCUGAUGUAGAGAUCUCCUUGGAAAGUGACUCUGAUGACAGUGUGGUGAUCGUGCCUGAGGGGCUGCCGCCCCUGCCACUCCCACCCCCCUCAGGCAGCACCCCACCCCCUGUUGCCCCAGCUGGGCCACCAGCAGCCUCCCCUCCUCUACCAGCCAAGGAGGAGCCUGAAGAGCUUCCUACAGUCCCGGGGCCUCUCCCUCCACCCCCACCCCCUCCUGUUCCUGGCCCAGUGACACUCCAACCACCGCAGUUGGUGCCUGAAGGAACUCCUAGUGGGGGAGGACCCCCAGCCCUGGAAGAAGACUUGACAGUUAUUAAUAUCAACAGCAGUGAUGAGGAGGAGGAGGAGGAGGAAGAGGAGGAAGAAGAGGAGGAGGAAGAAGAGGAGGAGGAAGAUUUUGAAGAGGAAGAAGAGGAUGAGGAAGAGUAUUUUGAAGAGGAAGAGGAGGAAGAGUUCGAGGAGGAAUUUGAGGAAGAGGAAGGUGAAUUAGAGGAAGAAGAAGAGGAGGAGGAGGAGGAGGAGGAGGAAGAAGAGUUGGAAGAGGUGGAAGAGUUGGAGUUUGGCUCAGCAGGAGGGGAGGUAGAAGAAGGAGGACCUCCACCCACCAGCCUGCCUCCAGCUCUGCCUCCCCCCGAGUCCCCCAAGGUACAGCCUGAGCCAGAGCCAGAGCCUGGGCUACUGUUGGAAGUGGAGGAGCCGGGGGCCGAGGAGGAGCGUGGGGCUGAGACUGCACCCACACUGGCCCCUGAGGUGCUCCCCUCCCAGGAGGAGCUGGAGAAGGAAGGGGGAAGCCCCCCAGCGGGGCCACCUCCUCAGGAGCUAGUGGAAGAGGAGCCCUGUGCUCCUCCGCCAGCCCUGUUGGACGAGGGGACUGAGGGUGGGGGUGAUGAGGUCCCCCCGCCACCAGAGACAUCUGCAGCCGAGGAAAUGGAGACGGAGACGGCCCCUCCCCAGGAAAAGGAGCAGGAUGACACAGCUGCCAUGCUGGCUGACUUCAUUGAUUGUCCCCCUGAUGACGAGAAGCCACCACCUGUCACAGAGCCUGAUUCCUAACCGUCUCCUACACCCCCACUCGUUUGCAAUAAAGUUAUGUACUUCGGCAUCGACUGCUGCUUCUGCCUUUUGCCACAACUGUGUCCCCCCCUCUAUCCCUUGCCUUCGUCAGCACCUCCCUGGCAGGAAUUUGGCAAGUUCACCGCAGGCCUUCUGACCUGUUCUUGAGAUGUGGACAUUCCUGGUCAGUGUCUGAUCCCUUUAAGCAGUUGCAUAUCCUAGGCCUUGCUGGGGUGCGUGUGUGAGCAGGAACCUAGAGGAGUAGACGUGAGGGCAUUGAAAUCUAUGGGCUGGAGGUAGGUGCCGCCUGGUUCUUUCACUCAGUCCAUUGAAGGGUGAACAUAAGGAAAGGGCCUUGGAAAUGCAGAAAAGGGAGUGACUUCCCAGCUGCGUGUAUUCUGCGGAGUGAUGUUUGAGCUGAUUUUGGGAAACUUAGGGAUUUUAAAGUUUCCCUCAACUUGUUUUUUCAAAAAUGUCAAGCCUGCAGAAAAGUUAGAAGAAUAGAAUAGUAUAAUACCUUUGCAUAGGUUAAUCAGUUGGUAAUAUUUUCUCAUGUUAGUGUUUAUAAUGUCUGUAUCUGCAUAUAGACUUGUAUUUAUAUAUGUACUUAAAUCUGUCUGUAAUCAAUACACAAUUAUAUGUGCACACAUUUUUUGUGUGUGGGGCCAUGUUGCAGACGUCAUGACCCUUCACCUCUAAGUUCUUCAACAUUAACUCCCAGGGUUAAGACAUUUUUCUACAUAAUCACAGUACCACUAUCAGACCUAAGGAAAGUCACAGCAAUAAAAUAUUACAUGUACUAUA